AUCGUGGUGACAUUUCUCCGCAAGUAUUCGUAUUGGGAACACGGAACACCAUCUUGGCGUAUUACAAAAAUUUUCAAUAUAUUUUGGUGUUGAGAAGAACAGAUACGAAAAAUUCUUGAUGGUUUCAUUAAAAAAUCAACAACUUUACGGAAACAUUGGCCAUUUAGAGUAAUAUAAAAUUGUAUAAAGUGUGCAGUGUUUGGAAGUGCAAAAAUAAAACUGCGUGUGUGACCGAGCGAGCGAGCGAUCUUUACGAGAGGAGUGCAAAUUUUUUCAUUUUUUGACAUCAUGUCCGAAUAUCUGCAAGUGGCUGAAGAUGAAGACGACGAACCAAUGGAACUACCAACGGAAGAUGAUGGUACUCUGUUGCUGUCCACACUUCAAGCACAGUAUCCGGGCACGUCCGGAUUGAAAUACAGAAAUCCAGAGACGAACGCUAUUCGCGGCAUUCGGUUGACUGAAGGCCGAUUGCAUCCACCACCCGGAGAAGACGGAUGGGGAUCGCAGGUGUAUCUGUGCGUCUUUCCGAAAGAAAAUAAGCGGAAACGAGAUGACGCUCUGGAAAACUCAACGGCCAAGACAAAGCGCAUCGAAAGUCGUUUACGUUGCACUGACCUGGUUGUUCUUGGUUUGCCGUGGAAGACAACGGAAGAAAGUCUUCGCGAAUAUUUUGAAUCGACCGGAGAUGUUAUAAUGGCACAGAUCAAGAAAGACUCGAAAACUGGCCAAUCCAAGGGCUUCGGCUUUAUUCGGUUCGGUUCGUAUGAGGGCCAAAUGAAGGCACUGUCCACCCGGCAUAUGAUCGACGGACGUUGGUGUGAAGUGAAAGUGCCCAGUUCGAAGGAGGGAAACAUACAACACCUUCCGUCAAAAGUAUUCGUCGGACGAUGCACAGAAGAUAUGACUGCCGACGACUUAAAGGAGUAUUUUUCCAAGUUUGGUGAAGUCACCGACGUUUUUAUUCCGAAGCCAUUUCGAGCAUUUAGUUUUGUGACGUUCCUCGAUCCGGAUGUGGCGCAAUCACUUUGCGGAGAAGAUCACAUCGUCAAAGGUGUGUCCGUCUUUGUGUCGAAUGCGGCUCCAAAAACGCAGGAUCGAUCAGCAUACCAUAACAACAAUGGCCAUUCAUCCUAUCAACGAGGCGGCGGUAGAAAUCAGCACAUGAGCAACCAGGACAAUAUGAUCUAUCCGCAACAGAAUCGAAACGGUGGCAGUGGUAAUGGUGGUGGUGGCGGCUAUAACAUGCAAAACCAACAGAUGCAUCCGAGCAGUGUGUGGAGCAAUCAAAAUCGCAACAAUUUGGACAUGCCGAAUCUGCAAAAUCUGGGCAUCAAUUCACAGGGACAGAAUCCACCGAAUCAAGGACAGAAUAUGAACAAUGCUCUGGGCUUGAACUUGAAUCCGUUGCCGCUGAAUCCAGCCACAUUGAAUCCGGCCAUUGUCGCAGCUGCAUUGAACCAAUGGAGUUUGAUUGGCAAUAUGCAAAAUCAGAAUCAAGAUCAGGGAGGAAAUCAACCGUGGUCUCGCCAACAGGAGGCGGAUCCAAUUCUCAGGGCCCGAGUCAGAAGCAUUAUCUUUAAGCGAAAAUUGUUUGAAUUGGAAGCAUUUUCUCAUUGUUCUCUUUUCGAUUUUUCUUUUCUAUUAUUUUUUUCGUACUCUUCUUUUGUGUAUAACGUGAACGAGAAAGGGAGGAGUGCUGUCCCUUUUGGAGAAAUUGUGCGUUGCGAGAAUAUUUUUUUUUAAUUUAAAGUGAAAAUCUCUUAAGGAGAAUGUGUUUGAAGCAUUAACAAAUUUUGUUAUAUUAAGGUAUACAUUUAAUCUUGGAUUGAGAGUAUGGUGUAUAACUACAGCAAAUGAAUAUUAUAGAUAUUUUAAAUGUGAAU